AACUAUGACAAUUGUGGAGUGAAAAGUGUAUUAAAAAUUGGUGACUUAUCGCCUUUAGAAAUUGUUUAUUGUACAUUGAACAAUGUAAAUCAGUGAUGAGUAAUCCAAAAUAAAUAAAAAGUGAACAAACUUCAAAAUCCAACCAUGUUCUCUAUGAGGUUUAAGUAACCCCAGAGGCCCCAUCAUGUCUGACAACCAAGCAGACCAAUACAGCGGCCAAGAUGCAGACAACUCCCUCAACGACUCAGACGUCGAAUGCUCUCAGAGCGUGUGCUCCGACACCCACAGCGACAACACAACCGUCUCCGAAAUGACCGACAAGAGCACCAUCUCUCUAUCGACGAUCCACGCCACCCUAUCGAACGAUGAGACGGAACAGCCCCAGAGCCCUUCAACAUGCACCGAUAAAAAGAACUCGUCGUCAUCGACGGCCGCCUCGUCGGCCCCAACCCGCGGCUUGCUGCUCCCGUGGGGCGUGCACAAAGAGUACUUCCCGCAGACCAUAUCCGGAAGCAGCGUGGAAAUCGACAUCAGACCCGGCGAAUACGUCAUGAGAAGUUUGUUCUCCGAUUUUACCAUUCUCGCCGAGAAGAAAAUCGAAGCUGUAAUGCAAGAACCGCAGGAGAAGCCGCUGUCGAAGACGUUGCAGCGAGGCGAAGACAUGCAGUUCGACCAGCUUUUGAGCGCUUUCGGGUGCGUGGGGGAGCAUUGUUUGCCUUCGCUUCUGCGGGCUUUGUUUUCGUGGUACGAGAGGCAGAUGGCGGAGGUGGCGCAUCAGGAGCAGAAAAAGUCUGACAUUAAGCAGAAAAGUAUUAUUUAUAUGGUGGCUGGGAACUCCACUGAAACUGUGGAAAGGUCGGAAGUGGAUAUCCAAAAAGAGAGACGCGACUUGGCUGUGGAGUUUAUUUUUUGUUUGGUGCUGAUUGAGGUUUUGAAGCAGCUUUCGUUCCAUCCAGGACACGAAGAUCUGGUGCAGCAUAUUGAAAAUCUUGCAUUUAAACAUUUCAAGUACCGCGAAGGGAUUCAAAAUAACCCGAACGGUAGCAACAUCCACAUGAUCUCUGAUCUUUAUGCUGAGGUUAUUGGUGCUUUGGCGCAGUCGCGAUUUAUGUCGGUGCGCACAAGGUUUAUGUCUGAGCUGAAGGAGUUGAGGGGGCGCGAAGCCAGUCCCCAUACCACCCAAAGCGUCAUUAGUUUACUAAUGGGAAUGAAAUUCUUUAGAGUCAAAAUGGUCCCUAUCGAGGAAUUCGAGGCGUCGUUUCAGUUCAUGCAGGAGUGUGCUCAGUAUUUUUUGGAAGUUAAAGAUAAGGAUAUAAAGCAUGCUUUGGCGGGGUUGUUUGUGGAAAUUCUUGUUCCUGUAGCCGCGGCUGUAAAGAACGAAGUGAACGUCCCUUGUCUCAAGAACUUCGUCGAAAUGCUCUACUCUCAGACGCUGGACGCAAGCACGAAAUCCAAACAUCGACUCGCUCUCUUUCCCCUCGUCACCUGCCUACUCUGCGUCAGCCAGAAACAAUUUUUUCUUCAAAAUUGGCACUAUUUUCUCGCUAUGUGCCUCUCACAUUUGAAGAAUCGCGACCCGAAGAUGUGCAGAGUGGCCCUUGAAUCCCUCUACCGCCUCCUCUGGGUCUACAUGAUCCGCAUCAAAUGCGAGAGCAACUCGGCCACCCAAUCCCGCCUCCAAAGCAUCGUCAACUCCCUCUUCCCCAAAGGUUCCAAAGCCGUGGUCCCCAGAGACACUCCUCUCAACAUCUUCGUCAAGAUCAUCCAAUUCAUCGCACAAGAACGCCUCGAUUUCGCGAUGCGAGAGAUCGUCUUCGACUUGCUAUCAGUGGGGAGACCCAUCAAGAUCAUUCUGACACCGGAACGUAUGAGCAUCGGCCUGAGGGCGUUCUUAGUGGUGGCCGACAGCCUGCAGCAGAAGGAAGGAGAGCCGCCGAUGCCACGAUCCGUGGGGGUCCUCCCCAGCGGCAACACUCUCCGCGUGAGGAAAACCUUCCUCAACAAGAUGCUGACGGAGGACACCGCCAGGAGCAUAGGAAUCAGCGCGUACUUCCCCCACGUCAGGAGGGUGUUCGUGGACAUCCUCAGAGCGCUGGACACGCAGUACGGGCGGCCGUUGAUGAUGACGAACACCCAGAACGUGAACAAAGAACCAGACGAGAUGAUCACCGGGGAGAGGAAGCCGAGGAUCGAUCUGUUUCGGACUUGUGUGGCGGCGGUGCCCAGAUUGAUUCCAGACGGGAUGACCGGCUCGGAGCUGGUGGACCUCCUCAGCCGCUUGACCGUCCACAUGGACGAGGAGCUCCGCGGCUUGGCCUACCAGAGCCUCCAGACCCUCGUCAUCGACUUCCCCGACUGGCGCCAGGACGUCUUGUGGGGUCUGACCCACUUCCUGGCCAAGGACGUCGUCGACACCUUCCCCAGCUUGAUCGACAACGGGCUAAAGAUGAUCCUCACCCUCUUGUGCGCUUGGAAGGGCGCCCUCACUAACCCCAACGUCAACGCCAACUCCAGCAUCCGCUUGAGCAAAGACGACAACAAGCGCACCGACAACGGCAAGUCCGAGCCGAUGUCGUCGGUGCUCCACCUGGUGGAAGCCCUCGCCGUGGUCAUGCUGUGCAACUACCGCGUCACCACGAAGCGCGUCUCCGUCUUGAUCCUCAAGGAAGUGAAGAGUUUGCUGAAGGCGUCGAACUGCUCGUCCAACCAGCCGGUGAUCGACGUCAUCGAUCGGGUGUGCCCGAAAGUGGCGGAGAAGUGCCUGCCGCUGCUUCCGCCGGCGGAGAAGACGGCCGUUCUCACGUCGAGCUGCAUCGAUCUGCAGUGGCUCGUGGACAGGACGGCGUCGUCGUGGAACGCCGGCUUGGCGGAAGACGGUUCCAUCAAGAGCGGCUCCGCCUAUAGUUUCAACGUGGUGGACCCGUGGAGCACGUGUCUGUUCGGGUUCUUAGAGAAGGACAGACUUCUGUCGCAGUGCCCCAACGUGACGGCGCAUUCGUGGCCGAUCGUCUUCACGAGGUUGAACGCCCUGUACUCUGUGGUGGAUCCGACGCCUUUGAACGACAACAGAGCGUCAUUGCUGAGAAGUUCGGCCACGCUGAAGAAGCCGCCCAACGAGAGGGACGCUUACAUGCACCUGUGGAAGAAUUACAUCACGUUCGCCUUCAGAGUGGUGCCGCACAUGUCCAACCCCAUCGUGAGGUGUGCCAGCCCCGAUCUCAGCUUAAGUUCGUCUCCGGAUAGCUUGAACACCGAACGCUCGGAUCUCAAGUCUGGCACCACCAGCGUGUCCCCCACCAGCCUGUACAAGCUCGUGGUGCCCUUGCUGCGGUGCGAAGUGGCCGACGUGCGGGACGCCGCCGUCUACGCCGUCGGCAACAUCAACAGCGACGCCUGUAAGGACCUCAUGGAGGAGCUGGUGAUCUACUUGCGCGAAGCCAUCGACAAGAAGCAAGAGAACGUGCGUAGACGCCGGCGUCGCGACGCCCUCAGGCUUCACCUGAUGCGCACCCUGGAGUACAUCGCCGAAAACGGCACAUUCAAUAUCAGUUCGUGCAUCCUGGAUAAAGACACGCAGUCGUUGCACCCCACGAUCGUGGAGUUCAUCGAAGGGGUGAGGUCCUACCUGGAGAACGAACCCGACAAGACGUCCAGUAGCGUCAAAGAUCUGACCUUGCACUUCGGCUACUUCCUCAAGAAGUUGAUCAAGACGUUCAGUCUUGAAGCCUGCCGGAGUCUGCUUAAGCGCGACCUCCGCAGAAACCUCUUCAUGAUGUUCUCCUUCUGGGCCGGCAAGUACGGGUUGACACCCUCGAACGUCCAUGAGACCGACAGCGCUAGCAAGAAGAACGCCGAACUCCAGUACGUGUCGUUGCAAGCCAUGAGUGCGAUCAUGUGCUGCGGGCCGUACUUCGAUACCACCGAUUUGGGUGAAGACAGCAUGAUCUAUCAUUGGUUGAGCACUUUGUUGGAUAGCAGCGAAGAAAAAGUCUACAAUCUGGCACAAGAGACGGUCAUUUUAUUCUUGGAGUCCAAUCCGGACAUCGGUCCGCUUCUGGACUGGGUGGUCGAUAAGUGUUACACUGGGACGUAUGCGGUAGCCGACGGAUGUUUUCUAGCCCUGGCGACGAUCUUCAGCGCCAGGGAGUACCCUUGUGACCACUACACGGCUAUAAUUAACGUGACCUUGAUGAACACGGGGUGUCCCAGACCUGCGGUGCGAGACACGGCGUUGCAGCUGCUCCAGUUGUUGGACAAGAGGUUCUUCGGAAGUGUAGGCCCUCUGGCGGAGAGUGAUCUAGCCGAAGGCGACAAGGGGCGGAGCACCCUCGACACCCUCCUCGCCACGACGUACAGAAGAUCGCAAGUGCAUUUAUCCGGACAGUUGGCCCUCCUCCACCCCGAAUUAACCAUGCCCAUGUUCUCAGAAAUCACAUACAGAUUCCAGUCGGCCCGCCCCGAAGUGCGCCAGCUCCUCCUCCAAUACCUGUUGCCGUGGUUACACAACAUGGAGCUCGUCGAUCCCAACGUGCCGCCCCCCAACCCACACACUUACCAGUUUUACGCCACGGAAACUGGGCGGAGUCGGAAGGAGGGGUGGGGCUCGGCGGAGGCCACCGAGAUGGUUUUAAACAACAUCUUUUACAUAACGGCGAAAUUCGGCGAUAACCACCCGAAAGAAAUUGAAGAGGUUUGGGCCACUUUGUGUACCUCGUGGCCCAACAACAUGAAAGUGAUCAUACGCUACUUGAUUAUUAUAUCGGGGAUGGCGCCGUGUGAGCUUUUGCCAUACACCAAACGUGUUGUUUUGUACUUGGCGAGGGUUCAGCCGGUGCGUCUGCUAGACGAAAUGAUGCUCGAGCUGCAAACCGUCGAGACCCUCAACUGUUUAAUCGAACGAACCGAAACUCCGCCCUUUUACCGCCUCACGGUGAUGCGGAAAACGUCGAGUCACUCCGACGGGACGAACGGUGCGGGCGGCCAAUCAGAUUCCAACGCUCGACAAGACUUAAAUAUCGAAAAGGGUACUAUCCAUACGAAAAGACACAGCGGAGAAGAUCCGUCCAAACUUAUCACGAAGACGAACUCGGGGACGGUUUUGUCCGACUUUAACACGAGGAUGAGGAAUUCGGACGACGGGUGCUCGUCAUCGGAUGACGUUCAGAAUUGCGAGGAUAUGUUUUUUCGUGAAAAGUACGACAUUCCGGUGCCGCAGCCCCACCCGUUGCCCAUGCCCGAGUACGGGGGGUACUUCGCUCCGUUGACUGAGUACCUGCCCGAGACGUCGCAACCGAUUUCGGGGUUUCACAGGUACUUCUUUAUUUGUGUGUGUAACGUCGGAGUUAUGCUACUGUGCGACGUCGUAGUCGAUGGGAUCGAAUUGGAUUGGACGGUUCAUGUCCCCUUGAUGCUACAUAUUUUGUUUCUGGGCCUGGACCACACGAGACCAUUGGUGUACCAACAUUGCAAGCAGCUCCUACUUAAUCUUUUGAUCGUUCUGGCCCAGCACAACGACCACCUAACGGUGGCCCACAUCCUCCUCAACAGUAAAACAACCCAGCUGGAACUGGGUCUCACCACUCCCAGCCUCCCAAUAUUAAAACACAACUUCACAGAACCCGACUCCGUCUUCGACAUCUACCUCCAGAACAGCGCCCCCACUGCGGUAACCGACCCAACUAAACCCAAACCGGGUGUCGCAACCUUACCCGAAGGUGACGUAACCGAAACCAAAGAUGUCGCAGCGCCACCGCCUGUGAUCAUCACACCGGAAGAUUCCCCGGCGAUUUCCAUCACCAAUAAGCUGGACAUAACCAUAGCUUUGGUGAUUAAGUCGUUGAUUGAUUUUCUGAGUAACCAGAGCAGCCCCCUUUGGAACUACGAGGACAUCACGGCCAAAGUCUGGACGAUCAAGAGCGUCGAACAGAUCGAUAUUUUGUUGCAACACAUCCUGAAGAUCUUCCAGUUUUCGCUGCCCAAUGCACACAUUAACGAGAGGUGGGCCCAGACGGCGUUGCAACUAGGGCUGAGUUGCUCGUCGAGGCACUACGCGGGAAGGUCCCUCCAGAUCUAUAGGGCGUUACGAGUGCCUAUUUCUUCGAGGAUGCUGUCGGAUAUUCUGAGUCGGUUGGUCGAGACGGUCGCGGAACAAGGAGAGGAUAUGCAAGGUUACGUGACUGAGCUCCUCCUCACCCUCGAGUCGGCCGUCGAGUCCCUCGAGUCCGACUUCCGCCCGCUCGACUUCAUGAAGGACUUCUUCAAGUCUACCCCCAACCUCAACAACAAGGACCUCAUCACCCACAAGCAAAUCCCCGAGGGCAACGUGGCUCACUCCGCCGCCACCGCCCUCUUCAACCACUCCCUCCAGGCGGGCCACGCGCGCAGCACCAGCUAUUCCGUCUCGUACGGCCUGCGCAAGAACGUCUCCUCCCCGGCCAGCGACACCAAGGAGCGCGCCCGCAACCCCGAGAUGGAGCACCGGCCCGGCGUCAACAAGUUCUCGUCGAACCUGUCCAGGUCUCGGUCCGCCCAGAGCCUCAAACUCCUCGGCGACUCGGCCACCCAGGACGACAAGCUCACCAUCCUCGCGCAGCUGUUCUGGCUGGCGGUGUCGUUGCUGGAGUCCGACUACGAGCACGAGUUCCUGCUGGCGGUGCGGCUGCUGGCUAGAGUGAUGCACCGGCUGCCCCUGGACCGGCCCGAUGCGCGCGAUAAGGUCGAGAAGCUGCAGUCGCAGCUGCGCUGGACGGCGUUCCCGGGGGUGCACGCGCUCCUGCUGAAGGGGUGCACGCACCCGAACAUUUACGAGCCGGUGGCGGCGCUGCUGUCGCAGUUCACGCCGCUGCUCAACCUGGUGGUGGUGGACCCGUCGCAGACGGUGGCCUUCCCGAUGAACGUGAUCGCGCUGCUGCCGUACAUGCUGCUGAACUACGAGGACGCCAACGAGAUGUGCAUAAGGACGGCGGAGAAUAUCGCUCAGGUGAGCAUCGAGAAGAGCAAAAAGCUCGAAAAUUUGGGCACGGUCAUGAAUCUGUACAGCCGGCGGACCUUCAGCAAGGAGAGCUUCCAGUGGACCAAGUGCGUGGUGAAGUACCUGUAUGACACCUACGCCCAUUUGAGCUUCAAUAUGUUGACAUUCCUCAUUGAAGUCCUCGAAAAAGGCCCCGCCAACCUUCAGCUGCCCGUCCUGAACAUCAUCCACUGCAUCCUCCACUACGUGGACCUGGGCUCGGCCGCCGCCCAUCCCAUCAACACCGACCUGCUCCGCAUCGUGGUCAAGUACAUCGAAGGCGUCCACUGGAAAGAAGCCCUAAAAAUCCUCAAGCUGGUGGUGACGCGUUCCAGCUCGCUAGUGGCCCCGCCCAUCUCCUCCGUACACUCGAAUUGGGAGAGCUCGCUCAACCCCCUGCCACACCCCUCCUUCAACGAGGACAGCCUCUUCAACAAGAAGGAGUUGCCCGGGCGGACCAUGGAGUUCACGUUCGACGUGUCGCAAACGCCGGUGAUCGGCCGCCGCUUCUUCAACAAGGUGGAGGAGACGCAACCGCUGGUCACGCCCAGGAGGUCGUGCUCGUUGAGUCCGGCCGACGUCACGCCCCAGACGGGGUGGAAGCGCCCGUGGAUGUCACAGGGUCGCGUGAGGGAGUGUUUAGUCAACUUGUUAACAACCUGUGGACAACGAGUCGGUCUGCCUAAGAGUCCCUCGGUCAUAUUCAGCCAAACUUCGGACAUAAUCGAGAGGCAGUCGAGCAUGGCGUCGAGCACCGAGGAGAUGUCGUGCGGGAACAACGACAUGAGCGGCGGGUCGAGGCGCGACGACGCCGCCACCGAGUUCGGAGUCUUCAAAGACUUCGAUUUCCUCGAAUACGAGAGCGAGAGCAUCGAGGGUGAAAGCACGGACAACUUCAACUGGGGCGUAAGACGCAGACCCCUGAGUCAAGGUGAAGAAGAACAGCCCAGCUUUAAGCAACUGGAGGACAGUCUGAGCGAGAAGACACCCAUGUUGACUGUUAGAAAGAGACUCAUGACUGAAGAAUCGUCGGAUGACGAGGUCGGCUCUGAGUCGCCUCUGGACGAGAUCGUCAUAGCUCCGGAGUUUGACAACAGUACGGGUGAAGGGGGGGUGGGGUUUCCGCCAUCUUCGCUUGUUUUGAGGGAACAGUCGCAGAUUAUAUCGAGUGCGAGGUCGGACACCAGUGGCUCGAGUGCUGGAGACCUCGGCGAAGUGACCCCCUGCAACGCCUCUCCGAACUUCUCCGGGAUUUUAACCAUCCGGCCGAGUAAGAGCGACGUCCUGGAGAACUGGACGUCCUUCAUCCAGACGAACAUGAUCCAGAUAUCCACCAACACGCUCCAGUUCUUCCACCAGUUGCAGAAUCUCGUCAAGGACGUGUGCACUUCCACUAUAGAAAUAACCAAAGAUUCGUGUUCGCACAUGAUGCAGUCGGCUGCUGGCGGCUUACCGACGAUCAAAUUGAUCGGGUCCAGGUUGAAUUCCAUGAUCGAUAUCAUCUCGUACAGGAUUCUACCGCCGAACUUGAUUUGGUUCAACGCUUCGGCUUUGAACAACACGAAGUUCAUAGAGACGAUGAAGUACGGGAUGUUGGAGGUGCAAGAGCACUUGGAGACUUUUUGCGACAAGAAGGAUCAAGCGGCAGUGUACUGCAACGCUGUCAAAACCACGCUAAAAGUGGAAUAUUUGAGCGGCCAGCACCCCACAGAAGUGCAUCAUUAUCUCCUAGACCUAGGAAAGUCUCUCUAUAAACUCUAUUUUCAACUAUUACUCUUGAUAGAAGCUGGAAAUAAAAUCGUCGCUGCUCUACACAACACCUUGAGAACUGCAGAGUUCAAAGACAUCACCGCAGAUGUUAACUUGAUAAAAGACGCUCUGUUGAGGAGCUCAGAAGAUAACGAAGCCGACGGCGGCGUUUCGCCUCCUUCCACCUCCAAUUCCGACACAAAUCUCUUCAAACUGAUCGAAAGCGAAAAAUUUUCAGCCGCUUUGGCGUUCUUCAAGUCAAACAAAGACGAAUUAAUCAAGGAAGUCAAUGAUCUAUCGGAUCUAAAUAACGACGUCUACAUUAUUCUGAGUCUGUAUUGUAAGAAGGUUAUCCAGGAUAAGCCAGAGUGCUUUGUCAUGACCAACCAGGAGGGAGAUUUAGCCGACAUUUUUGGAAGACUGUUUCAGGUUUCGGCCGCCGUUGCCGAUCUAGAGAGCGUUAUUAAAAAUACGCAACCGUUGGAGAAGGCAACGGAUAGUAAAAUUUAAAGAUUGUUUAGACUAAGUAUGACGAAAUUUAUGAGAUUUGUACUGUGAUUGUAACAUGAGCCAAGGUAUGAACAAUGUAAUCAAAUUUAAUGUAGGUGUAGCUCGUAGAGUAAAUUAAGACUGAUGUUUAAUUUGCUUGGUGGUAAUUGCUGUAUUAGACGAAUGAAUAUGUGUACGAAAUACAUGGAGUAGAAAAUUAA